CGCCGAGUAGUUGUUUGGUUUUUUUAUGCGGACCGGAAAGAAAGAAAGAAAAAGCCCUUUGCCUGGAGCGAGUCUGGCGGUAGAAAUCACAAGACAACCCAAAUUUAUGUCAACCAACUCCCUGAUGACAGGCGAUCGUCCUCGAGAUGUCGAAGAGUUCCAUCCACUUGUACCUUCGCUAGAAAGCAGCCUGCAGUCAAGUGAUGACGAAAUCGAAACAGUACCUUUGCUUGCAGUAAAAGUCACAGUAUUUCCGAAUUCUGGUUUGUGCAUAGGACUUGCUUAUCACCAUGUGGCUGCUGAUGGAAGGACGUUCGACAAUUUCAUCAAGACAUGGGCAUCAUUUCAUAAAGAUUCUUCUUUCUCGAUCAUGGCAAUGCCAUCUUAUGAUCGGACGUUAGUAAUUGACAGGCAUGGUCUUGAGGCGAUUUUCUUGAAUGAAUGGAGGAGGAAAAAGUCUGCAGAACACGAAAUGGUUAUAGUUACCAAAAGCAAAGCAGAGUUUUCAGAUAAGGUUAGAGCCACAUUCGUGAUGGGGUUGACAGAAAUGGAGAAAAUCAAACGAUGGAUUGUUACCGAAUGCAAGAGGAAAAAUCUGCGAGAGCCCGUACAUUUAUCUCCUUACGUUGUAACAUGUGCUUUUGUUUGGGUUUGUUUCAUGAAAGCUGCUGCUCACGAGGGUGUAGCAGGCAAGUAUCUGAAUGAUUAUCCAAGUUAUUUGGGGUUUAAUGCGGGCGGUCUAAACCGUUUCGACUAUCGUGUUCCAUCUACGUACUUCGGCAAUUGUGUUGGAUUUGGCAGGUGCGAGGCUACAAGGGGAGACUUAAUGGGAGAAAACGGCAUCCUUUUGGCUGCGAAAGCCAUCGGAGACACGGUUAAGAAGUUGGAUAAAGCAUUACUCGGGGAAGCUGAAAGGUGGAUUUCGGACUGGGAGGUCUUUUUCAGGUCUGAGCCCCAUAUGAUGGUAGUAGGGUCGCCUAAGUUGCAUCUGUACGAGACAGAUUUUGGGUGGGGGUGGCCUAGCAAGAUAGAGGAGAUUUCAAUCGAUCAAUGCGGAGCCAUUUCACUUACUGAGAGCAGAUGUGAGAGAGGUGGGAUUGAAGUGGGAUUAGCUCUUCCAAGUCCCCAAAUGGAUACUUUUGCCUCUCUCUUCGAUCAAGGUCUCAAAGCUAAAAUGUAGAAUAAUGCGAAGAAAAAGUUUCAUGGACCACUUUGCGAGCUCUCUUUUUGGGAACGAAUACAACAAAUACUAGGGCUAAGUGGAGGUUGCCCCUCUUUCUCUUGAAACGAGUAUUUCAACACCAUACCAUCCAAAUUGCUCUGCACCACAAAGUUGAUACCUUAUCUUCGGUUUGAUGUCACCCUUUCAAAGUUAUUUGAAUUAGGAGGGCAAGAAAUUGGAUGAGGUGUUGAGUUGUAGGAGGCAGGAAUAAGUCAAGAAUCUGUUGAAAAAUGUGGGUAUUGUUAGUCUUCUACUUGUCAGCUCACUAGAGUCUCCGAUUUGCAAAUGAAAGUCGAAUGCAUGUUUGCUUCGCUUUGUUCCUAUAUCUUUGAAAAUUAUGUUUUGCCUUGUGCGUAAUGGCUAGUUAUUUCUUAUGCUUCUUCUUGAUUA